AGGCCAGUAAGCAUGAGCCACAUCACCUCCAAGUUGCGUCUAAAGCCCAGCCCUGGAUUGUCAUGGACGAAGAGUCCAUUGCCGUGGUUCUUAAUGGCUUGGUCGGCCGGCCUACACCGUAUCAUCCGCUCUGCAAAUACUCGUCAGGAUAGCUCAAUCCCUCCAGACAUUGUCACACUGGCACACUGCCAAGUUAAGUUCUUGCUGUAAAAUGUCUCUUCUCUUCAACCCCGAUAAAACAACCAGGAAAACCUUAUUUGCGUUAUGGAAACACGCACAUGCAAAGGGUGCAGGUGAACCAGAAACGCUGUCGUUCUGGCAGCAUCUACUCGCGAAGCAUGAGUUCUCGGAAGAAUACUGGAUCAUCGACGCUGAAAUCAGGCCCGAGCCGGGAAGUCGUUCACGUGUCGACCGUGGCAUCCGAUAUAUGUCCGCUGAUGAUCAACUCCUGGUUCUCACCUUUAUCGAAGCAAAGGGGGUGACUAUGGAGAGCGCACGAAAGGAGUCUGAGAGACAGGCCUUGAACGCCUGUCAAGCAUACCUCCAGAGCCAUUCAUGGCAGAAAGAGAUUUAUGCCAUGACUAUACUGGAGACGACAGCAAAGGUGUGGACAUAUCAGCAAGGCUCAAAAAGGCUCGAGCCUAUGCACGAUGAUCAUUACAUCGAAGCGAAUUCUUCGGAGGGCUCGCAACUUAGGAAAUGUUUUGAGAGGAUGAAGAAGUUUACCCAUGCUCCGAUUGCCGACGCUCCAAAUCUCCAUGUUGCAACUCAGCCAAACUUACCCCCAACAAGAGCAGCCGAGAUUACAACCACUUCUUUUCCAGCUUCUGGCCCGAGCUACUCAAACCCGAUUUUUCCACGGGACCAAGCACCCGGUUCCUACAAACAAACAGUUACCACUCCAACGUAUGGAGAUCUUUCGCUCAACAGGUCCUCCGGGGCCCAAACAUCCGGGUCCUAUAGACAGAUCACUCAUGGAGCAAAAGCGACUGAAAGCGGGAAGCAUUGGCUGGACAGCUUUACUCACGUCACUGCGAAACAAGACAAGAGGGAAGGAAAGAAUGGGAUUCUUUACAAAGUGAGAGGAGGCUGGGGCGAAGCUAGUGACUGUCGCCAAGGUGAAAAGGACAGCAAGAAAGUGAUCUUCUCCAGAGAAAAGAAGGUGUGGGCGUUCCAAGACGAUAUAAUGCAGUACCGUGAUAUGUAGUAGGACUAUUUCACCUGAGUAUCCCAAUUUGAUCUCCAUUCGGUCCACA